UCACUGUAACACAACCGUCUGGCCACCGACUGCUCUAGUGCUCUCUCCCGUCAUUCGUCUGCCCGGUACCGUCUUGGCCGCGUCGUGCGAUCAACUCUCUCCGUCCGUGUGCUGUGCGCGCGUGUCCGUAAUAAAUAAUAAUAAAAAACAGUGUGUGUGCAUGUGUGCGUCCGCGACCCGCGUGCGUUAUAUCAUUUCCCGCCAGUGAUUUCAUUUUAUUAUUAUUUGUUCUUAAUUUUUUUUUUCGUACUGUUUUUACAAUAAUAUCAUCAUUACCUAUAUCGUACUGUGAUACUGGUCACCUCGCGUUCGCGUUUUUGACUUAAUAACGACACGAUCGAGCGUAAACAAUUUUUUAAUACCACGCGACACACGUUCUUGUCAUAUGAACACAUAUUAUUUUUUUCUAAACAAAUCAAUCGAUCUCGGCCUGGCAUUUAUUUUUUCAAUUUUUUUUCUCAAAUUCCGGUCGUGUGACGGUAUUUUAAUGCUCGCGGAACGCCGCAUACGACCCCGUCGUCAGUGCGUACCGCAGUCGAAUUUGUGAAUAAACAGCGUCCGACGAAUGCUACUACUACGAUCGCGAGCACGACGUCGUAACAUGUUCAUAACCAUGACCAUGUAUUUGUUUCUCGGAUUGGAUGUGUUCGUCGUAGAUAGUAUGUCGGUGACCGCACAAAAAAUUUUCGAAGUUAUGGAUAGCGGCAGUGAUAAAAUAUUAUACCUGUUUGGCAAGAGAACAAUUUAUACUGGCUUCUCAAUUGCUCUUAGUGCUUUUUUAGCAUUAAUGCUUUUUAAAGUUGUCUGUCAAAAGUUAUUUUAUGAAUCCAAUAAUUCGACCAUCGUGGUCCCCACGAUCCCCACGAUCGUCCAGACGGACGAACAAAGACACGAACAGCAACCGCAGGAGCCGACCAUCACCACAACUAAACGAUUGAAAACCAAACAGCAGCAACAGAGCACCAGUGCUAACAAAGACGACAACCAGGACACGGACGACUUGGUAAAUUCGAGUCCGCCGAGUAGUAUUUCCAAAAAAUCGAAACCGUCGUCGGCGCCAUUGUCGCCCGUAAAGAGUCGGAAAUCCGCCGCAGCCGCAGCCGCAGCGACUUCAGUCUCAGCUGCACCUGUAGAGCCAUCUGCACCGGGCCAUGACAACUUUGCGAACGAUGUCGAAGUCCACCAUAACAACAACAACAACAACAACAACAACAACAAGGACGAUGACGAAGACUGUAGCAACAAUGACGACGACGAAGACAAUAGUUAUCAGUACCAGUAUCAUAACCGGAACAAGAGGACCCGCCGUCCUUCGUCAUCGUCCACUUCGUCGUCUUCUUCGUCGUCGUCCGCCAAGAACGACGCGGUCAUCGUCAAGCCGGAGCGUCAGUUGAACGGCGGUAGAAAGUCGUCGUCACCGCCGCCUGCAGUGGCGCCCAAAGUUGGAGUGGUCGGUAAAAAGAAACAGCAGCCGUCCCAAGAACCUGCGGCGACACGAAACGGAUUGCAACUGGCGCAGGCGCACUGUGAAAACUCGACCACGGUGGAUCAUAGAAUUGCUAUAAAAGAGAAGAAUGUCAAGAGAUCGAUGGCUGAACUGACCAAUAAGAAGGAACAAUCAAGGCUACGGAACAUAGAAAGUGUAAAAUUCAUGGACUAUAAUGAGCAGAACAACAACUGUAGCAUCAUCCAGAACAAUAACAAAAGCAAUGAUAGCAAUCUUGAAACCCCGACCAAAAAACUGGGAAAAAGGUUGCGGAAGAAGCUCAAUAAGAAUAAAGAAGAAGUGUUUGGCGAGACGAAGACCACGGGGAUCACGACGCAUGAAAAAAAAUCCAUUAUCGUAGAAAAUGAGAACCAGACGCUAAUGAUGGAGAAGGAGAGGGUGCCACCACAGUCUCCAGCGCCUCAGCAAUUGUCCUUUAUCUCUAAGCCAGGGGAAGUGUUUGAGGGGAGCAUGCGGAGCCAAGUGCACUUUACUGACUAUAUAAUCUGGAACAUGCUACGUGCAUACUUCUAUAUGGACAAAAAACAGCUGUAUGAAAGCGGGUUUCCGGUACAGUCCAUGAAGCCUGGGUACGCGAAUUGCUACAGGCAGAACAUGCGGUCCAAGGCACUAAACCCUGUGGCCAAAGAGUUCUGCUUGGAUACGCCGGAGGUGUCGUCGACGCCCCCUUCGUCAGCUCCACAAAAGCUCGCUCGUCAGGUGCAAAAGUCGCAUCAACAACUGCAACAGUCAUCAAAUAAUCACGUUACGUGCGUUCGGUGCUCGUCGUACUACAAUGUGAAAGACGAGUACAAGUCCGCGAUGCCCGGCCGAUGCAUGUACCACUUUGGCAAGUCCUAUAACAAUAUCUACGAUUGUUGCGGUAAUGACUGCAAUACGUCGCCGGGUUGCACCGCGGCCGAACAGCAUGUGUGGAAUGGAUUCGUGGACGGGGAUAACGAGAUCGGAAAUUUCGUACAGACGGACAAUGUGAACAGCUGGUCUGCAUUGUUCCCGUACUCAUCGUGUCCUAAAGAAGCGUCUUCGUUAAAGGAGGAGGAAAAGUCAUUGAAAUCAUUGCUAGGAACGGGCCUUUACCGAUGUUUGGCCUUAGACUGUGAAAUGUGUUACACCGAGUGUGGCCUGGAGUUGACCAAGGUGACGUUGGUGGACCUCCGUGGCACAGUCGUCUACGACACGCUGGUCAAGCCCAACCGUCCGAUUGUCGAUUAUAACACUCGGUUCAGUGGUAUCACCGCGGACCACUUCGCGCGAUAUCCGUCCAAGACGCUGAACCAAGUCCGGCGCGACCUGCUGCGGCACAUCCGGAAAGACACAGUACUCGUUGGCCAUGGACUGGGCACCGACUUACUGGUGCUUCGCAUAAUACAUUCAGCGGUGGUGGACACGUCUUUGCUGUACCCGAAAGAUAAUUGUGUUAGAACAACAAACUACUCAAGAAAGUAUUCACUGAAACACCUGGCCUCGGUACUACUCGGCCGUGAAAUCCAACUUAAAAACGGCCACGACAGCAAGGAGGAUGCCCGGGCCGCCAUGGACCUGGCACUGCACUAUUUAAUCCAUUACGGAUUUUAGCAGUUGGCCGCCCUGCGCCCAAAUGAGCGCAGCCCCCAACACCAACCAGUCUCGAUGCUGCACCCUGCUCCUCACUUUGUCGUUCCUAUUUAUACUCAUGCAUAUUAUUAUUGUUGUUAUCAUAAUCGCGCAUGCGUACAUACAUAAUAUCAACUAUACAUUAUUACAUCGUCGAGUAUUACGGUUAUUGUAUUUAAUAUGUUUAUAAUAUAUGUGUGGGUACGCGUAUGUGCCGCGCGCGUGUAUAAUAAUAUCAUCAAGGUAAUGUGAUGUAAAAA